AUGGACAUUGAUGCACUCGAGGCCACAUUAAAGGACCAGAGGAAUCAUAUCGCGAUUCUCGAAAAAGCUCUGAGUAAUGCGCAAGAAAAAGCACGGAGGAAAGAACGGGAGGCCGAGGAACUUACAGAGCGGAUGGAACGAGCCGAGUCGUUGCAGAGAGCUGUUGAAAAGUCAAUGUUUGACAAGCGUUCACAAGAAGAUGAAUGGAAACGUGAGAGGGCACAACUCGAAAUGGAGAAUGCUCAACUGAAGAUGCAGCUAGCAAAGGAAAGUGUUUCUGUUGGAGUGAAGAAGGGCUCAGCAGCACGAAGUCCCGAAAGCGAUGAACUGAUCACGAAACUCAAAAAAGCAAUUCAAAUCAAAGGUUUUUUCACUUUCAUAUGCAGAAAAAAGCAUUUUUUAUUGAGAAAAUUAUCGAGCAAUGAGGAAAGAUUGGCAGUCGAAUGCCGCUGA